AUGUCAAAACCACGAGCUAUCGUCAAGGCCCUUGACCAUCUAGUCCUGACGUGCACAGAUGUAGGCGCCACAGCCAAUUGGUACUCCAAACACCUCGGCAUGAAAGUUGAGACAUUUAGACCGCCAUCCGACCCCGCUGUUGCGAGAACCGCCUUAAAGUUCGGUAUCCAAAAGAUCAACCUCCACCAGAGAGGAAAGGAGUUUGAACCAAAGGCAAAGACUGCACUUCCUGGUACGGCGGACCUUUGCUUUGUUGUCGACGACGGCGUGAACCUCGACGACCUACUCAAGAAUUUUGGGAAUGAAGGGAUUGAGGUUCUCGAAGGGGGAAGGAUUGUGGCUCGGACAGGAGCCCAAGGCCCAAUACAGAGCCUGUACGUUCGUGAUCCAGAUGGAAAUUUGAUCGAGUUGUCAUCCUAUGCCAAUCUGCCAACCAACCAAGGCUAG